CGUGCCUCUUACCUCGUACAGCCUCUCCUCCAGCCUACAUCAGCCGGGCUCACAGGAUGCUGCGCUGAGAGACAUCAAGGACUUCUCAGCAACAACAGGUACUUGACAAAUUUGAAAAAAUGGUUGGAUUUUUCCAAAUGUUGAGAAAGAAGAAGGAGCUGAUUCCUCUAAUAGGGUUCAUGGCUUUUGCUGCAACCAUGUCCACCUCUGCUGCUAUCUACUUUCUAUUUACUAAACCGGAUGUAAUUUUAAAUAAAACCAGAAACCCUGAGCCAUGGGAGAGGGUGGACCCAUCAAAACCACAAAAGUUCAUCACCAUCAAUCAGCAGUGGAAACCAGUGGAGGAGCUGGAGUACGUGAAAAGCCUCACCAAGUAAAAAAAAAAACUAAAGUUCCAGUCCGGCCACCUGCCUGCCCCCCAUCAGUCUAACAGAAUCCUUUCUGCACAAACUAAGAUGCUUUGACAGUCAGUGUGCGGAAAUGCUUCUGCUCCACUGGUGGGGUUUCACCUGGCUCUGUAGCGGCCCAAGGACAUCCAUCCAUCCAUCCAUCCACAUCAGUAGAAAGCUUUGGUCACAGAUACUCACGCUGCCAUGAAGGGAAAAAAUAAAUGGUAUUACUCUGGGUUUCUGUGAUUACAUCUAUAGAGUGACAUUUACUUUGAACAAGCUGACGUGUUUAAUUGCUGUAACAGUAGGUGUGAAUGUACAAUAGAGUCUGAUUGUUAAAGACUAAAGGUAAACUCAAUAAUGAACUGUACAGUGUCAAUAAAUUAUUAUUGUAAAAAUGUUCAA